UUUGCGCAUCAUACUUACACAGAGAAACAACUCAUUUUUGUUCCCACUAUUUCAAAAACUUCAUGUUAACACCACAAAGCAAUAGAAAUGAAGUACACAUUGAAAUAGAAAGCUUUACGACAACAUUAUCAGUGUUUAACCAACCUGGCCGUCAUUCUGGAAGGGAAUCAACACAUUGGUUAAGUGAUGAAGAAUUGAGAUCAGCUCAUGUUCAUGUAUUGAUCAAUUGCAAUGAAGUUGAACCUUACCUUCACUCAUUCUUACAUGUCUAUCAACUAUCUGAGUCAAACAGUUCGACGUACGUACAUGCUAAUUUCCCAUUGUGGUUCAGGCAAAAAGUUCAUAACGAUCCUUUAAGUGUGAGAAACCAACAUCUUAGAGAUUUAUCACUUGGUCCUUUAAGGUGUGUAAAGGAAUGGCACACCUUCUUUGCUAAUGGAUACAAAUUUCAUACCCAUGCAUGGAGUCAGGGCAAGAGGACAAUAAAUAGUGGGGUUCAUGUUAAAGGCCUAACAGAAGGAGGUCAAGAUGAUUUUUAUGGUGUCAUUAAACACAUCUAUGAGUUGGAAUACAAUUCAACAACCACUGAAAAGAAAAUUGUAUUAUUUUAUUGUGAUUGGUUUGAUCCAUCGAGAGUAGGUACAAGGGUGGAUUCAAAGUAUGGCAUUGUGGAUAUUCGAAUGGAUAAAAGAUAUGUGUUGUUUGAUCCUUUUAUCAUUGCACACAAUGUACAACAAGUGUAUUAUGUACCAUAUCCUACAUCACGCACGGACAAACGAGGUUGGUGUGUUGCGAUAAAAACGAAGCCUAGAGGUCGCAUUGAUUCUAAUGAUGUAGAAGCCGAUGUGCCAUACCAAGUGGAGGAAAUGUCACAUGUUAAUGACAUCAUUGAAGUUGAAGAAGUGGUCCGAUUACAAGAUGUAGAAGCUGGUCUUGAAGAAGUUGACCCUAACAAUAUUUCAUCAUUUCAAGGGCAAAUAGAUGAAGAUACAACGGAAUCAGAAGAAUACAAUGCAGAAGGACAGGGUGAAGAUGACAAUGAAGAUGAAUUUCAUAGUUCUAGCACUGAAUAGAGUUAGGGUGUAUUGCUCCUUAUUUUUGUCGCUUUAUUAUAAUGUUCUCCACAAUCUUAAGAGUUAGGGUGUAUUGCUCAUUAUUUAUUUAACUUUAUUAAUUUAGAAAGUGUUUGAUAGAAACAGUAAAACAGUUAAAACCAAAAAAAAA